CCGAGCUUUGUUUGAAGCCCGACAGACAGCUUCAUGGGUUCCCUUAGCUUGAGCCUUUCAACCGUCAGCAAUGGCACCACCACGCCAAGGUCUCCACCUUCCCUUGGAAAGAUGGUUACAGUGCUGAGCAUAGAUGGCGGGGGUGUGAGAGGCAUCAUCCCAGGAACUAUCCUUGCCUUCCUCGAAUCCAAGCUUCAGGAGCUUGAUGGAGAGGAUGCGAGACUUGCGGAUUACUUUGAUAUUAUUGCUGGAACAAGCACUUGUGGGUUGGUGACCGCCAUGCUCGCUGCUCCAGAUGAGAAUAAUCGUCCACUCUUCACGGUGAAGGAAAUCAAUGACUUCUACCUUCAAAAUUAUCCAAAGAUUUUUCCCAAGAGUGGCAAGGGAAUUUUAGGAUCAGUGGCGAGCUUAUUUGGCAGCAUCACGGGUCCAAAGUACGACGGCAAGUAUCUCCACUCCAAAGUAGAGCAAUUGCUUGGUGGGACUAGACUCCAUCAGACUUUAACAAAUGUAGUUAUUCCCACUUUUGACAUCAAGCUUCUU